AUUUUGAAUCACCAUACACGAUUCUCCAGACAUCUGAGGAGUAUUUAUUUUGUUACAGCAGGCUGCUUCGUUAGAAAAAGUGAUAAAAGAACAACAGCAACAGCUGGACAUCGAACGAGGUUGGGAUCAAGAAAGGGAAAGGGACAUAAAGGGGAAUGGCAGCGCUAGUCCGAAUCCCGACCACAGGCUGCAAGAUCAUUCCCCAACACCUUCGGCCGACCCGCAGAAAAAUCUCAGUGCUACCAUACCACCAAUUCCCCAAAAUGACACAACAAAGUUAACAAAUGACUAUCCUUACAAUCAGUCCCAAAAUACGGGUGCUCAGAUGAUGUCAACGCCGACAUCGAAUCUCCAUCAUAUGCAGCAACUUUUACAGCAACACGUGUUGAGCCCUACGCAGCUACAGACGUUGAUGAAGCAGCAUUCGAUAUUGCAACAGCAGCAACAUCAGCAACACCAACUAGCAGAAUUAGGCAAGAAGCAGAUCGAACAGACGAUCCAGCAGCUCCAAGAACAACUCCAACUGAAUCUCAUCCAACAGACACAUAUCUUACAAAGUAGCGACAAGAAGAAGGCUUCCGGGUCUCUUCAGCAAUUAGCGCUGCAGCAGCAACAGCUGAUCCAGCAAUUGCAGCUCGUACAGCGGCAAUACGUAGUGCACCAGGGCAUGGGUAUGCAGCCCCUCAUGAUGCCACAGAACCAAGGUCUCAGUACAAGGGAGGUCAUGAGUCCUUGGAAGGAUUUGAAUGAUCAACAUGUGGUUAACAACAAGCCACCGCCAGAUAUGAAUGACAAUACUCCAGGCUUGAUAGGCUUACCACCUAGUAGAUUAGGAAGGGAUGAACCCAUGGACGACAAACCUGAAAGAACCACCACCCCUGACAGGGUCCAUCACCUGUAUGGUCACGGGGUCUGUAGGUGGCCUGGAUGUGAAAUUAUCUGUGAAGAUCUCCAAGCAUUUAUAAAGCAUUUAAACACCGAGCACACGCUCGACGACCGCUCGACCGCGCAGGCGCGCGUCCAGAUGCAGGUCGUCUCGCAGCUGGAGCUGCAGCUGCAGAAGGAGCGCGACCGGCUACAGGCGAUGAUGCACCACCUGCACCUAUCGAAGCAGUUGGGCUCGCCGGAGCCGCAUAAAGAACCGGCAACGCUGCCGGUCGCCAAGAUGGCGCCGGGGGCGGCGUUGCCGCAGCCGCAGGUCGGCAUGGGCCCGAUGGGGGCCGCCGUGCGGAGUCCGGUCCUGCACUCACCCGCUUCGAAUGUCGCGGGGCCCAUCAGGAGGAGGUUGAGCGACAAGUCGGCGUUGUCUUUGGCUGGAGAAAUCCAAAGAAAUAGGGAAUUCUACAAGAAUGCUGAUGUCAGACCCCCGUUCACAUAUGCUUCCUUGAUUCGACAGUCCAUAAUUGAGUCUCCCGAUAAACAGCUGACGCUCAACGAAAUUUACAAUUGGUUCCAAAAUACCUUCUGCUAUUUCCGAAGAAAUGCCGCAACAUGGAAGAACGCAGUGCGCCACAACCUAUCUCUCCACAAAUGUUUCAUGCGUGUGGAGAACGUUAAGGGGGCCGUCUGGACAGUGGACGAAGUGGAGUUCUACAAGAGGCGACCUCAGAGGUGUUCUUCAGGGCCGCUAGCCCAACCAGUCGUUGGGGGUGCCACAUCCAAGAGUCCGACGAUGAAUCACAGUCCAACACUGUACGGGGAUCAUAUGUCAACAAAUGUUCAGUUCAUGCAGGCAUCGCUGAUGGAGGAAAAUAACUUGGCAUUUUUGACCAGCUCUUCCAUGAUGGUCAACCGACAUCGAGAUAGGUCAGAGUCACCUCAGCAUGAUCAUCUGAUCAGGUCGCCGAUGAAUGGAGGACUCCACGUCAAACAGGAAAUGUUGCACCAAGACCAUCACAUAAGCCGCGAAUCAGAAAUGCACCACGUGAUCAAGCGAGAAAUGCUCUCGGAAUACGACGAUUUGGAUCACGAUCAGCACAGUUCAGAAAAUGUGGCUGAAGAUCUCACCAUAGCGUCCGAUCACACAGAAUCGAACAUUGCCGACGCAUAG